AGAGAUAUAGUAUACUAUCAAUGAAGUAAUAUAUGUGGUUUGAAACUAGUUGGAUCCACGAAUGCUUUAGUUUGUUGUGAUCUUGAAAAGCAAAGAAAUUAAUGAAAGAAACAAUAAGGUACUUAGCAGGCAUUGCAGGGCCUAGUGGUUUUGGCUCAAAUUCAACUGCAGAGCAAGUCACUCAAGAUUGUUCUUUCCUCCCUCCAAAUCUAACUGCUCUCAUCACUGGUGCCACUUCAGGUAUUGGAGCUGAAACGGCUAGGGUGUUAGCAAAGAGAGGAGUGAGAGUUGUGGUUGGUGCUAGGGACUUGAAAAAGGGUUGUGAAGUUAGAGAGAAAAUCCAAAAGGAGAGUCCUAAUGCAGAGAUUAUUCUAUUGGAAAUUGAUCUUAGCUCUCUUGCUUCUGUACAAAGAUUUUGUUCAGAGUUUUUAGCUUUAGAAUUGCCUCUUAAUAUUCUCAUAAAUAAUGCAGGAGUAUACUCUCAGAACAUUGAAUUCUCUGAAGAGAAAAUUGAAAUGACAUUUGCUACAAAUUACUUAGGACAUUUUUUGUUAACAAAAAUGCUACUAGAGAAAAUGAUAGAUACUGCAAACAAGACAGGGAUUCAAGGAAGAAUAAUAAAUGUUUCUUCGGUAAUUCAUAGCUGGGUGAAAAGAACUUGCUUUUGUUUCAAAGACAUGCUCAAUGGAAAAAGUUACAAUGGGACACGUGCAUAUGCUCAAUCAAAAUUAGCCAUGAUUCUUCAUGUGAAGGAAAUGGCUAGACAACUCAAGGCAAGGAAUGCAAGAGUAACUAUCAAUGCAGUGCAUCCAGGCAUUGUGAGGACAGGAAUUAUUAAAGCACACAAGGGAUUAAUAACGGAUUCCUUGUAUUUCAUUGCAUCAAAGCUGCUUAAAUCCAUAUCACAGGGUGCAUCAACAACUUGUUAUGUAGCUCUAAGCCGAAAAACAGAAGAGGUGAGUGGAAAAUACUUUGCUGAUUGUAACGAAAGUUACUGUUCAAGUCUUGCAAACGACGAAUCCGAAGCUAAAAAGCUAUGGAACAAUACAAAUACAUUGCUUCACAAACGACUAAGACAAGCAGCAAUUGGAAGUUCUUCUUCCCUCUUUUCUAGACCCUGUAUCUAAACACCACGUGCAUGUGUGUGUAUAAUUAAUUAUCUGUAUAUGCUAAGUAGAAGCCAAUACUAGAGAGUUUUAAGAAGCAAAUUAAAACUAUACCAUAAUCAAGAGGAAGAGGCUUUAGAGUAAUAAUUCCUUAAUUCUCUCAUAGCUUGAUAGGUGCUGGAUGAUGUAUACUUGAUACAUCCAUUUCAUUUUUCAUUUUAUUGUACAAAUAAAAGUAUAUAAAGCAUAAAUCCAUUUAUCCGUGUUAUUAUGUA